AUGAUGUUUGUCCUGGAUUUAGAAUGUGCGAGGUCUGAAGAAUUGUUGGCUCAAGCAUCAACCCUUCGAAGAUUCAAUAAAAAAGUUGAAUGGAUUCUUUUUGGCAAAGAUUUUAAUGAAUCAUUAGCUUUAAUCGGCGAUCUAAAUAUCAAUGUUGAUGCAAAAAUUCUUUUAAUUAUUACUGAAAAUGAGUUUCAAGCAAAAAUUUAUCACAUUCGAUGUCCGGCAUUACAAAGAAAUGGAUUGAUGUUCGUUGACACUGUUGGAAAUUUUACGAAAAAUCAAUUAAUUUACAAAAAUCCCUUUGAAACAAUCAACUAUAAAUUGCAUUCAACAAUUUUAAGGGUCGCAAUUUGUUUGCCACACAUUCCUCCAGGCACAUCAUUCCUCGAAUAUGCCUCAAAGCCCGUUAUUAACAACAAAUACACAAUAGUUCGUGCUGCGUAUCAACUAGUAAAACUUUUCUCUGAAAUGUAUGACUUUCGAAUCCAUUUAAUACGAGCAGCCGAGUACGGAAUGCUCUUACCAAAUACAUCGACGUGGACCGGACUCGCUGGAAUGGUUCAAAGUGGCUUUGUGGAUUUUGCUGCACAGAGUUUUGUCUUUUCAAAAGCACGAGUUGCGGCAUUGGAUACCGGAUUUUCCGUAAUGAAAUAUCGACAGUCGUUUGUUUUCUGCCAUCCCAAAUACACGAACCAGAAAAAUGUUUUUUUGAUGCCCUUGAGUAAAAAUGUUUGGAUUUCUAUUUUUGUGGUAGCGAGCUUAACCAUCAUGUCGUUGAUUAUUCUCCAAAAAAUGAAAACUCUUGAUGAAACAGACAACUCGUUCGUUGUUUCGGUAAUCAACGUUAUUGGACUUCUCGCGCAACAAGGACUCAGUUCGGGACAUUUGAAUUCAGUUAAAUUGAGAAUUAUAAUAAUUUUCUUUCUUCUACUCUCAUUUACGAUUUUUCAAUUUUAUUCUGCAUCGAUUGUUGGAUCACUUCUCACGCCAGUUCCUCGUACGAUUACAUCGCACAAAAAACUCGCAGAAUCGAAUUUUAAAUUCUUCUUGGAAGACCAUCCUUCAAGUCGACUAAUCUUCAAGCUCACCACUGAUGAUGAUAUUUUGCGAUUAUACGAGAGGAAAAUUAAGGGUUCCGAAACGUAUGUCUCUAUCACGGAAGGCAUUCAAAAGAUAAAGGAACAAAAUAAUGUUCUCCUUUCGUAUAUUGACGAAAUUUUUGAUCAAAUGCAACACACGCUGACACACGAAGAAAUGGAUCAAAUACAAAUUAUUCCAGUUUUUCCGCAGAAUCAUAGAGCAUUGCUUUGGAUGCCAUUGUGGAAAGAUGGUCCCAUGAACGAGGUAAUCCGUGUGGCAAAUUUAAAAUUAGGUGAAGUAGGAAUCAAAAAAUUCGUGAUCGAUAAAUAUUAUGUCACAUUUGGUGAUGCUGCGAGAAAAACAUUUGAUCCAGCAGUUGUGGAUUUCCAGAGAACAGCAUCAAUCUUUUAUGCACUGAUAGUUGGAAUUGUGAUUAGUCUGGUAGUUUUUCUGGUGGAAAUUAUUUUAAAUCGAUAUCAUCAAGUUAGGUUAGAGCCAAUUGUCUAA